GGUUAAAUUUCCCAUGUUUGAAAAAGAAUAGCAUUAAAAAAAAAAAAAAAAAAAAUUGUACACACAGUAUAAAUUUUUUUCCACCUCCCUUUUUGUUUCGUUCAAUUUCCGUUUUUUAUGGGAGACUCAUCCACCCGAAACCGGUUUUUUCGAGGCUUGCCAAAAAUUCCGAGAAAAGUGUCAGUUAUUUUCUCCACACUUUUUUUUUUAUUUUCUUUCUCUUUUGCCGUUUCUCUCUCUCUCCCGUUUUUGUGUGUGUGUGUGUGUGUGUGUGACGUCGAAAAAUAACAAGUUUCAGCUCGAUCGAUUUCGAGGCGUCCUGCGUCGUUUUUCCUUUUUUUUUUUCCUUUUUUUUUCCUUUCUUUUUCCCGGGGAGGAGGGGCGCCAGCGGGUGGGUGGGAGAAUAAACAAGCGAAACUAGACACACACACACACACAUAGAGAACGCAGGGAAUUAAAAAAGUGGAGGGGAAAAAAUAAAUAUAUUUAUAUUUAAAAAAAAAAGAGAAUGGAUAACAAAAGACUGUGGAAGAACCCGCGUGCAGCGCUCCGCAUGUACAACUACAACGUCAAAAAGAAAUAACAACAAAACUAAAGUUGCAUUUUUUCACUACGAGGCCGAAAAUGCGAGUUGCGUUCCUCUCUCCAUAAUAUUGGCGUCACACGAUGGAAAUGUCGCAUCAUCAAUUUUGCCUCAAAUGGAACAACCACUCUAGCAACCUGCUCAAAGUCUUCGGUAGACUCUUUUCCAAUGAGAGUUUUACCGAUGUCACUCUGGCGGCAGAGGGUAGAAGCAUCCGCGCACACAAGAUGGUGCUGUCGGCUUGCAGCACCUACUUUGAACAGCUUUUCUUGGAGCACGCCGAACCUCCCGUGACGGGACCGAUGAUCGUCAUCAUGCGCGAAACGAGUUUCGAUGAUUUGGCCAUCAUCGUCGAAUUCAUGUACAAAGGAGAAAUCAACGUCUCCCAGGAUCAGUUGGGAUCGUUAUUACGAACGGCCGAGAGUCUGCGGGUUAAAGGUUUGGCCCAGGCGUCGUCGGGUGGACACGGCGAUUCAAUUGAGCAGCCUUCGUUCACGGCGGCAGCGCCACCGCAUCAACCGCCACAACAGCAGCCGGUGUCACUGACGAGGGAAGCGGCGCCGUGUCGGAAAACGCCCACGCCGACAACGACGCCACCGCACAGCCAAUCGAGCACAUUUUCACCUCCUCCGCAUACGAUGGGUCAAGCGCCUCCGCCACCGGCCCUCCUGCCCCUCUUCCAGAACGCCGCCCUUUUGUCAGCUGCCAUCACAACGGUGGUCGAAUCUUCUUCGUCAUCGACGGGUCGCGAAUCGCCAUCGAGCAAACGCAGGCGAAUUCGACCCAAAAUCGAGCCGGGCACGGCCAGCCAUCAAGACCACUCCAAUUAUUCAGACAAUAGUCGGCCGUCUUCAGCCACUUUCACGCCUCGCAUUGAAAAUGUCGUUACUAUGGGCCCACCACCACGUAACGAGGCAACGGCCGAGACGCCAACACGAAGCGAAACGAUGGAGAGCGCACCGACUUCCGCGUUAGACCUGCGUCUGACGGAUCCUUCCCACCUUCAAGAGUUGACCGCCCGACUGGAAUUACGCGGCAAUUUCGCCAUCCAGCCACCAGAUGGCGAUAGCGAGACCCUACGUAAAGUCCAGCAAGAGAAAAGUGAACCUCACUGUUUUUUCCGUGGAUAUGCAGUCUACAAAUUCAACGACUACAUCGCCCAUGGAACGCGGCAACAGUACUGGGAAGAACCGUUCACUAAAGCUGUCAUGGAAGGCAUUCAGGAUCGCGAGUUGGACUUGAAAAAAGGAGCUGAACUGCUGGGCGUGUCGUACAGCACUCUGUACGGAAGAUACCGCGAAUGCCACGGCUAUUUGCGCCACGCCUGGACGCGGGAUUACCGCCGUUCGUCGGGUUCGGGUGCCGGUGGCAACGGUGGCGAAUGGUGGGAAUCGGAUCCGCAGGACGCGCAGAGACGCGGAGAAAAUGGUGGAAUGACGGCCGAAGAGUUGGUCGUCGAGGUCGAUAGUUACAUGGACGAGGAUGUCAUUGUGGAACGCAUGUCCAGCGAGAAAUCUCCGGCUGAUAUCGACGCUGCCAACAAACAAGAGUCUCUCAUACUCAGCAUCAGACAUGGAAAAGUGCAAAGGAAACUCCAAGGAGCCCAUCACAAAGAAUCGUCGUAAACAAAAAGAAAUUAUAAAUGAUUCAUUGUUACCCAUUUUUUUUUUAGAACGUCCGGUGAGAAUUGCAGUCAUUUUUUUUUUUGUCAGAAAAGAAAAACAAAAUGUUUUUGUUUUUUUGUUUUUAAGUUCUAUGACGUAACUCCAUGUAUACCCAGAAACAAGCAAAAAAGAAAUGGAGUUGAUUGUACACAAUUCAGUCGAUCUCAUGGCCAAUACUGGGCAUCUGCUUCUUUUUUUUGUUGAAAAUUUCGCUAUAUCACAUAAUCCUAUUUAUCAGAUGUAUUUGUUUAUGUUUUUUUUUUUACGUCUGAAUGUCCCCUCGUCAAACAUGUCGUUUUUUUUUCGUUUUACUUUUGAUUCUGAGUUUCAAACACUCGCGCAACGGUGUCAAACUAUAAACAAUUUCCUUUUUUUGUGUUUGCAAAAUUUAUCGACAUUUCUCCUGUGUGUGUUUUUUUUUGUGUGGUGUGUGUGUAUGGUGUGUGUAUGUAUGGUCAAAAAUAUUUAUUGGAUCUGAUUUAAAAAGAAAAAAAGAUGAUUGAAAAACA